AUGCUCGCUCCCCUCCUGCGGCGCGGCGCGGCGGCCCCCACCGUCGCCCGAGACGGCCGGUGGGCGGAGAGGGGCAGAGAGCUCGCCGCGGAGGUCGACCCGCAGGGGCGGGCCUCGCUGGCGGCCAGGGCCCCGAUGAUGCGCCGGGCGGGCGAGCUCCUCGAGGCCGCCCGGGCCGGCCCCGCGGCGAAGGAGCUCGGAGAGUUGCCGGUCGCGGCCGCGCCGCCGCUGCUCGGCCUGCUGGUGGGCGAGGGCGACUCGCUGCUCGAGGACGGGGACGAGCACGACGCGCUCGCAGAGGGCGGCGAAGGGGGCGAGGGCGACUCGCUUCCGGAGGACGAGGGCAAGAACGGCUCGCUCGCAGAGGACGGCGCAGGGGACGAGGGCGACUCGCUGCUGGGGCACGAGGACAAGAACGACCCGCGUGCAGAGGACGGGGAAGGGGGCGAGGACGGUUCGCUUCUGGAGGACGAGGGCAAGCACGACUCGCUUGCAGAGGACGGGGAAGGGGACGAGGACGACUCGGCAGAAGGGCGCACCAGCAGCACAACGCGCAGGCGCAACAUCUUCAGCCGCGCAGUUGAAGCAGUAGUACGCAGGCGCCGCAGAGUCACGAAGCCGCAGACACUCUCUCAUUCAGAUUACCGUUACGUGAAAUACAACGGCCAGUGCGUGGACUGGCUGGGCAGACACUUGAAAGAGACAAAAGUGCGCGGCGUCCACGACCUGGCAAAGUGCGAGCAAACUUGCUCAGAAGCUGCCCAGUGCUCUGGGGUGGAAUUGUUGCGUAACCAAUGUUACGUUAUACUGACCGAAGCUAAAGCAUACCGAGGCUACUUCGGCCUCCUGUUUAAUAAAGGCGCCACAUGUUACGUCAAGAAGCUGAACCCGCAGACGCCGAAGCCGACGCCCGCGCCAACGCCGGCGCCGGUACCAGGGCCUCCCGGGCCUAACGGAACUGUUGGAGCUGCAGGACCUGUUGGGGCUCCAGGGCCUGCCGGAAGUGCUGGCCCCAAGGGCCCUCCAGGCCCGAAGGGCGACCCGGGCGAGACCCCCGAGAUGUCGGUCGCUGGGCUCGCAACCCUCCCCAUACUCGGGGGCAGCGAGGCUCUCUUCCUGCUCACCCUCCUGGUCGCCUACUGCAUGUUCUCGUCGAGGGUUCUGGCCGGCCCCAAGCCCGCCGGCCCCGCGCGCCGCCGCUCCGACGCGUCGUAG